AUGGAUCGAUAUUUCAUUGAUCUGAUGUUGGAGCAAGUUCGCAAUCGAAGUAUGGUGAACUAUAAAUUCAGCAGACUAGCCUGGACUGAUAUGGUUUCAAAGUGCAGAGAAGAAUUUGGUUCCCACCAUGACAAAAAUGUUUUGAAAAGUAGUUUUUAUUUAUUUAUAAAUUUGAGGAAACAAUUCAAUGGCAUGAAAACUCUACUUGACCAGAGUGGGUUUGCUUGGGAUGAAAUGCAACAGAUGGUGACUGCUGAUGAUGCUUAUGUCAAGGAACACCCUGAUGAACGAUCAUACCGCAAUCGAACUCUCCCAAAUUGCAAUGAUUUGUACUUGAUAUGUGGAAAUGGAGACCAUUUUAAAAGGGAGAGUACUUCAAGUCACACUAUGGAUGACAUGGAUGAUGAUCUGGGAGUUAAUCUUGGGGAUGAAACUCAGCAAACAAUAUCAAGCAACGGAGCCCCUGAUGGAAGAUCAAGUUGUUUCGGUAGGAACAUGGAGAAAAUGGGGAUCAAAAUGAUGUUUGGUGAUUCCCCAGCCAUGGAGUAUGAAAUAUCUGAUCAGCAAAAGAAGCGAAAAUCAGGAGCUUCAUCCACCUCAGCUAGUAAAAGAGCUCAAAGAAUCAUCAAAGAGGAGACCCUUGGAUGA